ACAAUGGGGAAGAUGGGUGACACCUGGAGGGGGGUGGAGACAAUCACAAAGACAGGUGAAACAGAUCAGGGUGUGACACCUGUUGUAUGAUUGUUUUGUUCUGUUUUGUCCGAACCCCAGGAAGAGUAGCCACAGAUAGAACGAAAAGCCAGAUAUUUUACCAGAUGUAUAUAUGUGAAGCAUCCGGUUGGCGUUUCCACUCACUACCAAAUAUGGUGAUGAGAGGAAGCCCAGUGGCAGGCAUUGUGAGAAGAUUGUGAGAAGAUGGAGCAAGAUGGAUUUUGGUCGACAUUCUGCUAAUUUUCUCAUCAAUGAAACAUUCGAUCUCCAUACAGUUUUUUUCUGUUUCCAAAACGAGAAUCUAUAACGAACAAAGCAGACCCUGCUUUGUAGACUUUACCCUUUGCCAAAGUUUUUAAAAAUUGCGUUGUUCAGGAGUGCAAGAGGGAAUUGAGUUACUGCACACGUGCAUUUCACAGAGUAGGCGUUCCCUAAUGGAAAUAUGCAAAUAAAUGCUGGAACAUGACAAUAGGAUCUCACUAGCUCAUGCUUGACUCUGCCCAUCUCCUUGCUUGUUCUGCCCACUGAUUAAUUUGUUCCCAUUGGAAACCACAGGCUCUGGUCUGUCUUGGGUUAGUUAGAAGUAUCUUUGGAGUAGCUCUGGAAAAAGUAACUAAUGGAAAUCCAAAUAAACAUAUCAAAUUCUCUCUCUUGUUUCUACUUCAUUAUUUUUGUGUGGGUGUAUAUGAUGGCUUUGUUUUGUGAUUUGAUUGUACCCCAGGUUCCAGGAAGAGUAGCUGUAUCCAAAUAAACAAAAAAAUAUUUUCUCUCCAGUCUCUACUUCGGCGUAUGCUCCCAUCCUGUCAGUGGAUAAAAAGGACCUUGGAUCAGUCUGGUGCAACUUCAUCCAAUUGCAUGUUAUUAAAAUACUUUCUCUCUCCUAUUUGGGGGGAAAUUACCUUAGAUCAGUGUCUUGGGGUUAUCUCCAUUCAACAUGUAGGAUAUUAAAAUGCUUUCUCUUUCUUAUCUGUCCAGGUGUGUUAGCCUAACUGCAAAUCCUGAUGGAGACCCUGUUAGUUUACCUGAUGGUACUUGGCAUGGCUGUAAAAGCCCACAAGGUCCAGGUGUGCCCAAAACGCUGUAUCUGCCAGAUGCUUAACCCCAACCUAGCAACCCUCUGUGACAAGAAGGGCCUCCUCUUCGUCCCGCCCGACAUCGACCGUCACACCGUGGAGAUGCGUCUGGGCGACAACUUCGUUACGAGCAUCAAACGACGGGACUUCGCCAACAUGACCAAACUGCAAGACAUGACGUUGUCUCGGAACACCAUUGGCUCCAUCUCGCCUCACGCCUUUAAAGAUCUGGAGAACCUCAGAGCCUUGCAUCUGGACAGCAACCGUCUGACGAGGCUCACCAACGACACCUUCAGUGGGAUGUCCAAGCUCCAACAUCUCAUUCUCAACAACAAUCAACUGAUUCAUAUCCACAUCGGGGCCUUCAAUGAUCUCACAGCUCUAGAGGAGUUAGAUCUGUCCUACAACAACUUAGAAAGCGCCCCCUGGGUGGCCAUCCAGAGAAUGACCAGCCUCCACACCCUGGGCUUGGACCACAACAUGCUUAGUUACAUUCCUGAGGGAACCUUCUCUGGCCUGCAGAAGCUCAAACGCCUUGACGUCACAUCCAACAAGCUCCAGAAGCUUCCGCCAGACCCAGUGUUCCAACGGGCCGGCGUCUUGGCCACAUCAGGGAGCUUGGGUCCGACGUCAUUUGCGUUGAGUUUUGGGGGGAACCCACUGAGGUGUAACUGUGAGCUGCUGUGGCUGAGGAGGCUGAGGAGGGAGGAUGAUCUGGAGACAUGUGCGGCUCCGCAGCACCUGGCUGGGCGAUACUUCUGGACCGUGUCUGAAGAAGAGUUCCUCUGUGAGCCCCCUCUUAUCACCAGACACUCCCAGGAGCUGCGAGCGUUGGAGGGUCAGAGUGUAGCUCUGCGCUGUAAGGCCAGGGGCGACCCAGACCCCAUCAUCCACUGGAUCGCCCCAGACGGCCGGCUCAUGUCCAACUCCUCCCGGGCUGCGGUGCACAGUGAUGGGACCCUGGACAUUCUUAUCAGCACUGUGAAGGACUCAGGCUCCUUCAUCUGUGUUGCCUCCAACCCGGCCGGGGAGUCCCAACAAACUGUUGACCUGGUGAUCGCCAAACUCCCACACAUCACCAACAGUACUGUGGAGAAGGAACAGGACCCAGGUUCUUCUGAUAUUGCCACGGUAACGAGGAUGGGUGGUGGUGGGGAAGGCGGAGGAGUGGUUCCACUGGGAAACACAAAGACGAGCCAGGAGAAGAAGGUGGUGAUUGCUGAGGCCACGUCUACCUCGGCCCUGGUCAGGUUCAGCUUCCAAAGAAGUAUACCGGGCAUCCGAAUGUUCCAGAUCCAAUACAACGGAACCUACGAUGACUCUCUGGUUUACAGAAUGAUCCCUCCGAGCAGUAAGAGUAUCCUGGUGAACAACCUGGCUGCCGGUACACAGUACGACCUGUGUGUGCUGGCCAUCUACGACGACCUGGUGACCUCCCUGACCGCCACGCGGGUGGUGGGGUGCAUCCGCUUCACCACCGAUCCCCAGUACCUCCGCUGCCACUUCAUGCAGUCCCAGUUCCUGGGAGGGACCAUCGUGGUCAUCAUCGGAGGGAUCAUCGUGGCGUCCGUCUUAUCCUUCAUCGUCUUCCUCAUAGUGAGGUACCGAGUCUGUAACCAAGGCGAUGAGGAUAAGGCUUUGGAAAUGGGUGAGAUCCGGUCUCUGAGCAGUGAUGGUCAGCUCCAGGGCUGCGGCGUCCCCAAGUCCAUGUCCAAGUCUCUGUCCAAGCAGAUUCUCUGUCUGGAGAAACCAGAGAAGGUGGAUGAGUAUCUGAGGGUGGGCAUUCCUCCCCCUGAGCUGUUCAAGCAGCAGCGAUCCCCAGUCCUGACCACCACCACAUCCACCAAGCCAUCCAUUCCCGACUGCCAGACAGAUGUGGAGUUAGAGAACACAAACCGGAAUAACUCAGCGGAAGCUAAAAUGGUUGUUUCCGCCGUUUCCACAAAAUGGACAAAGGUCGCUAGAGGGCCAAGCCCCCCUGGAGGGUCCUCCCACCAUUACAUGACAGUGCCAGCAGGGGGCGUGAGGGUGAACAGGCGGCACUCUCUGAACAUGGACUCGUACAAGGAGUGCUGCUACUUCAGCCUGGUACAGCAGCAGCAGCCAAAGCCUGGUAGGGGUUUGCGCUCCAAACACAGUCUGUCCACGAGUGGAGAACUGCCCCAGUUGGAAAGUGCAAUGGCAAACAUACACAGAAGCAGAGACAAGCUGUACGGAUCCGAGUGGCUUCUCGAAAGCACUCUAUGAUCAGGAUUUUACAGGUUUAUAGGGUUUUUGUUUUCUUGGAUUGGAUUUGUGGCCUGUGGUGGAGCAGACAGUGACUUUAUACCUUGUUCAGACUGUUACUGCAGUCUUUAGUCUGCAAGACCCACAGAUUCCUCUUGUAUUUCUGAAGACAAGGAGGCCAAACAGGGUUUUAAAGGACAAAUGUUUAACAUUUGAUUAUCGACCUUAAAGCAAAUAUCUUCUCAAAGUCAUCUUUAUAUUGACUUUGGAUAAAACUGAAGGCACCAAAAAAUGUAUAAAGCAACUUCAUGUACAAAAUUGUUGAGUUGUGUAACAUGUUAUGCGAUACACCCGUAAGUGUUCGCAUGGUUUUGAAUGCAGAUGGAAGUCUAGCAUUAUUUAGAGAGAGAGGUAGAGAAAGGGAUGGACGAUUAUACUUGUUAUAACAUUGCCUGUAAUGUAAAGUGAUUACAAUCACUGUGUAGACUAUGAAUGGACAUAUUUCUUGUCAUCAGUUUUCCAGACGGUUGAAGACAUGUCUUAAUUAACUCGGUGGCAUUUGGAGGGAUUGCGAAUGUGCAGAACACCCCAGACAGAAGUGUAGAACAGAAUGUAACCAGGCUGUGUGUGACAUAGCACCCUAUUCCCUAUAGUGCACUCUGGUCAAAAGUAAUGCACUAUAUAGGGAAUAUGGUGCCAUUUAGUCUGGUGACAGAGCUGGAUAUUUUUCAUCAAGCUGCACCAGACACGCAGUACAAUGCAGCAUUCACGUUACCCGGCGGCAUCGAUUGAGCUUAAUACUGCCCUCUUGUUUGAAUCAGUACAUUUUAUCACAUAAUUACACAUAGGAUUAUUGUCACAGCUGAUAUGAUACUUCAAACAAAGACAUGAUGACUAGAGUGAUAAAGGAUGUGUGGUCCAUUUUCAUGUUUUUUACAAUUAUUAAAACAUUGUUUGUCAUGUCAGGCUAAGAAUCGUUGUAAAUUGACUUGUCGGUGAAGAGGAAACGAAAGCCAAAAAACAGUAUAUGAGAAGUCGGCUCUUGAUUUAACUGUUGUUUCUGUUUGAUGUUUACCAGUAUAAAUAAACCAAUGAGAAAAAGGAA